AUGAGUGUUGAUAAGACCUAUGAAUCAUUAACAUUCUGCCCGGAGGACUCAAUCAUUUCUGUCCAGGAAGAAAGUAAGGAGGAAGAUUCCUCAUUCGAGCUGUUAGGAUCCACCAGAAAUAUAAUUGGAACCACACACGAAGUGGAUCCUGAGGGCCAAGAAGAAACUACCUCGGAGCUGUCGGACAUGGAUGAGCAAGCAGGUAAUGAUGAUACUGAGGAAUUUUCUUCCCUUAAUCGUGGUAAGUCUCGCUAUUAG